UGAACAUAUUUUUAAAAGACAAUCUUUUUUCACUUGUCACGGGGGUAACCCAAGAAAAAUUAUACAAAUAUUCAAGAGAAACGACUUUGAGUCGGACGUCAGACGCUUUCACGAGCUUCUCUUGUCUUAGAUUGAAGAAAAAAAAAGAUAGAUAUUCUAUCACCUCGCCGUAUAGUCCUGGCAGCUUAGGCCGUAAAACCAAUUAAAAAAGAAGAAGAAUAAAAUAUGUCAUGUUGAUGGUUUCAGAUUUCCACUUUCUAAUCUUGAUAAAAUUUAUUUUAUGAAUUAAAAAAUGGAUUUUGCUCGAAAACAGUUAGAGAAAUACGGUUGGGAAGAAGGUAAAGGUUUGGGUCGUAACGAAGACGGGAUUUCCUCAGCACUAAAGCCAAAACUUAAAUUUGAUAAUGCUGGCGUUGGGCAUGACGUUGGCGAACAGUUUACCAACAAUUGGUGGGAAAGACUUUUCAACAGUGCUUCGGAGAACUUAAAUGUUCAGGUUGAUAGCUCUGGAGUGAACAUUCAAAUUAAAGAUUCCGAUGCUGUUGAUAUUUCAACAAAAUCCUAUUCAGUGAAACAACUAAAAAACAAGUCUAAAGAUUUAGAAUAUGGUUCCUUUAUAAAGACAUCAAAGUUGACUGAUAAAGGGGUUGAAAAUUACAGUAACACACCAAAUUUUGACGGAGAACCUAUGAAUUCAUAUCAAGGUUUAACAGAUGAACAACUUUUUGCUGCCUGUAAUAAUAGGACUGCACAUAAAGGCGCACGACAUGGCCUAAAACUAAACGGAAAAUUAUCCCGUAUCGAGAAACAAGAAAAAAUCCUCUUGAAGAAGAUGAAAAAGGUCUCCUUAAUCGACCAAAGCACCAGUAAAGUCGAGAAGAAGCUCAAAAAACUGAAGAGACAAAAAGAAGAGUGCGAAGAGAAAUACACACCCCUCGUAGCCGAAAUGUCCAGUCCUUCUUCAUCUUUAAAGAAGAAAGAGAAAGCCAAAAAAAGAAAGAGUGUCUCAUUUAACGAGACGGUCACAAGAAUUUACACUGCCGAAUUGGACACAAGCUUCGACAGCGAAGUGGGUUCGUUAAAAGACGAGAAUUCUAAUGACGCGGUUAAUAACAACAGCGGAUCCGACGAAGGAAUCGAACACGAUCUCGAAAACAACAACGAAUUCGAAGUGGACAACCAUAAAGCCUUCGAAGAGGCCAGGUUGAACUUCAGCGACCUCUCUAAAGCCGAGAAGAAGAAACUAAAGAAGAAGCGCAAGCUUGAAGCUAAGCUCUACACCGCUACAAAUAUGUUUCUGCAAAACGUCAAUGGUGAAGCAUCAAAAGACGAGGUUAUGAUCGAGGAAAAGGACGCCUUGACAAAGAAACGUAAGUAUUUAGAGGAGAUUGAGCACGUGCACUCGAAGAGGUGUCAGACUGGAAGCCCGGAGAGGCUGAAAAGGAAGAAGAACAAGAAAAAGAGUAAGAAGAGAGAGGAAGAGUCGCCUACGAUAAGCUCUAUCGCGAAAACUCUGGAGAACGUGUGUCGCAUGUCCGAAAGUGAGUAAUGUCGAUUAUUGUUGUACUGUAAUAAGGAAAUAAACACAUGAUGUAGGUAGUUUGUACCUAUUUUAUGAACGGACGGUAUGGUAA